AUGGGGGAUCGCCUCCCCAGACGCCCACAAAACCUACGAACCUCCACAUUCAGACUUCCAACCACAACCCUCCACCCACAGUCAUCCACUCUUCUCUCUACCCACAACCCUACAUCACAGCCCUCAACCCCCACCCUCACAGUCAUCCACUUCUCUCUACCCACAACCUACACUCACAGCCCUCACCCACAGUCAUCCACUCUUCUCUCUACCCACAACCCUACACUCACAGCCCUCAACCCACAGUCAUCCACUCUUCUCUCUACCCACAACCCUACACUCACAGCCCUCAACCCACAGUCAUCCACUCAGUCUCUACCUACACCCCUCCACCCAAAGUCAUCCAACCGCUCUCUACACUCACACCCCCCACCCAGAGUCAUCCACCCGCUCUCUACCCACAUCCCUUUAACCACAGUCAUCCACUCAGUCUCUAACGACACCCUCCACCCACAGUCAUCCAUCCAGUCUCUACCCACAACCCUGCACUCACACCCCUCCACCCACAGUCAUCCACUCAUUCUAUACCCACACCCCUCCACCCACAGUCAUCCACCCAUUCUUUACACUCACACCUCUCCACCCAUAGUCAUCCACCCAGUCUCUACACUCACACCCUCCACCCACAGUUAUCCGCCCGGUCUCUACCCACAACCCUACACUCACAGUCAUUCACCAAGUCUCUACCUACAGCCCUCCACCCACAGUCAUCCACAUGAUGAAGCCAAGCAGGAAAAUGAAUCGAGUCAUUCAGUUAGACUCAGUACUGAGCUCGUCCUGACUGAGACAAAAAAGGCAAACACAAAUGGGCCACAGAAUGGCUUGAUGACUGUGGGGCUGAACCCAACACCCACCCAAGCAUCAUAA